CAGAGUCUAGAGAAGGAGAAAGGUGUCUUUGGAUUUAGAAGAUGUGACCGUUGGGUUAAUAUGGGUGUUAUUUUGAAAUGGGAGAAGUAUAAAAAUGGCCCAUGUACUUUAUUUUUUGGUUCAAAAAAGCCCUUCAACUUUCUUUUGGAUCAAAAAAACCCUUGUACUUACAAGAAACAAAAACGUUAGCCCUUCUAUUAAGAUUUUGUUAAAAUAUGCUGAUUUGGCAUUUAAAUGAUUUUUUCUUUAUUUUUCAACAAAUGAAAUAGCACUAAUUGUAAAUUUUUAUUUCUGACGUGGUAUAUAUGUGGACAUCACCAAUCAAAAUGUGACACAUGGCAAUUGUGAUUAAAACUAAAAACUAAAAUUGAUUAUUAAAAAAAAUCUGAUCAAAUAAAACCCUCCAUCUCCGGUGACCCACGACCAUCUCCGUCGAUAAUACUCCUCCUCCGGCGAAACCCCAUGAGAAACCAAACCCAAAAAUCAAAUCAAAAUCCCAAAAGCAAAUACUCCUUCCCUCACAAAGCCUCACCGUUUCAUGAUAUGGUCCUCACCACAGGCUCUCGAUCUUGCGACACCCACGAGCCUAUUAGGAUUCGACUAGCUGGAGACGUUAACAUAGAGAUCGAAACCCAUAAUCGGCACAGCUACGUGAGGCCAUGAGACAGUAAUAAAUGGGUCCACUGUUCAAACCCAUCACCCCAUGAGCACCAUUAAAUCUCAGAGAGCUCAUUUCUAGAAUUGAAGGCAUACAAGGCGCAAGGGGAUAUUGAAUUGCAGGAUAAUGGAGAUUUUUUGUACUUAAAGAGAGAGAGUUUCGGAGAUCAGUUUGGAAAGGGAACCAAUAGAGCUUAUGGUGUCACAACUGAACCUUGAAAUUGGUAGGUGAACACAGAAGACGGAGGGGGGAGGAGGAGAGAGAGGGGGAAGAAAAUAUUUAGGUUUUUACGUUUUAAUUUAAGAUUUUUUAAUUUGACAUGAUUUUUUUAUUUUAAAUUUUUUUGCCAUGUCAUAAUUACUAUUUGUAUUUUAACAUGCCAUGCCAGAUAAUUUGCGCCACAUCAACGAUUUUUAACGGAUUCUUGACAGAAGGAUUAACGUUUAUCAUUUUUGUAAGUACGAGGGCUUUUUUGAUCCAAAACAAAGUUAAGGGGCUUUUUUGAACCAAAGAGCAAAGUACAGGGGCCGUUUUCAUACUUAUCCCUUUUGAAAUUAAACUGGAAAAUAACGCCAACGGUCAAAAUAUUAUGGACGGCCGAUUUCUCUCGUGGUCAAGGUAUUGACAAUCCGCUCCUUGUCAAACGAGUUUUGAAAGAUGGUUUUAUAAAUUCUUCUUUGAUAUUAAUAUAAUAUUUACAUAAAAUGAGUUUUGAAAGAGUGUUUUUAAACGGGGAAGGGGAUUCGAAUCCUGAUCACCAAGGUGAUAAUACACACCAUCCUUACCAUUCUAACUAGUAAUUUGGGUGUGAAAGAGUAUAGAUAUGCACUCAAUUUGAACUAUCAUAUUAUAUAUUUUCUUUUUAUGACACAUAUUGUGUGUGCCUGAAUAUAUGUUGGGCGAUAGGGAUGACUGACUAUGAAUGGUUUUGUGAUGAUUGUCGAUGAACAAGUGGUUUGAUGAUCUGAAUAUUAGGUUUUUGUAUUAAACGAUGUUACUGACCAAAAAAGAAAAGUAAUAAACGAUGGAAUCUUUGAUUAAGAAGAAAGAUAAAAGAAAGAAGAACCAACGGGCCAACCCACUUCCAUACUGAUUAGGCCUAAAUCUGGGCCACGCCCAUCAGCAUCCUUAGAGGGGCCCAUACACUAAAUUUUUAUUUAUGGGCUUUAUCCCUCUUUCUGCCACUAACGAUGGCUUCAGAGCUGCUUUCCGCGACAAUAAUAUUUUCUUGUUAAAAUCGCGAUAUCCUUCUCUACUUCUUCUCCUCCUUCUCCUUCUUCGGUUCAAAGAUCGUUCCGCUUUGCGUCCUGAAGCUUCCAUUACCCGUCCUACAAAAGAGUACUUCUCUUCCAUAAGGCUCUAACUGGCUAAAGGUCUAAACGAGCGUAAGGAGCAUGCCGGGACUUAGAGUACUAUCUUGGAUAGCUUUUCUCCUAGCGAACAGCAGAGAUUGUGAUUCCAUUUAAGGAGUUAACUAUUUCAAGGUUUGUUGCUACCCUCUAUCUAUUCCUUUUUAUUGUCCCCGUGUGAGUAGUAUGCCGCAUGAGUAGUCCCUUCCCCAUUGUAGGAGGGGAGGAGGAUUCAUUCACAGAUUAGAGCGUCUAGGGUUGGGCCAGUUUGCUCAAAACCCUAAUCUCUUUUCUUCCAGAAACUUCUACUCUGAAGGCCCUUUUUAACUCGACAAACUAAAACGUCCAAUUUUCACUUCUUGAAAAUCUGAAAUUCUCUCAAGAACCUAACGGAAUCGGAGUGGCAGAGGAUUUGCUUAUCGAAGUUGAAAGAGGAGCCGUUUGUGCUAAAGGAAAGAAAUUUAACUCUAACUGCUCAUAUGGUUGAAACUUCGACUCCGAUUUCUCAUAAACGGAAUACUCUCACAGGGAACUCCUUUGCAGAAUCUUCUCUUACGCCUUUGUACCAACAAGCACACCAGCCUUUGAACUCGUACAAUAACCCAUCUUUUGUUAUUUUUUUCCAUUGUGUUUAUGGCCUCAAAACUUAUUAAUGUUGAAUCCUACCAAGCUGAGAAUAAAAUUGAAAGCUCCCUCAGGCGAGCUUUUGAGCUUUUGGAACCCAAACUAAGACCCCCAUUCCCCUUAUCGAUCCCAAACCUGGAAGAGUAUGCCGAGCUCAAUCGAGCCAUUCUUUAUGGGGUUUUGUGUGAACCUAAUUUUACCAAGACCCAUCUCAAGCAUUUACACGCCAUUGUCACUGAUGGGUAUAGCUUUUUCGUGAGUUUGCUUGUCAAUAUUGUUCGGGAAGUUUAUAACAAACUUGUAGAUUCAGCGAAAAAACAGUUGGUCUGGGUUGCCAGAGAGAUGGUUGAUGUGUUAGGUGUGGGAUUUGAUGAAUUGUUGGUGUGCUUGUUGAGGCAAAUUGUGGGCGGAGAUUUUACGAAGGGGAAUUUGUGGUUAUGUUUUGAAGUGGUGAAGAUUUUUUUGGACAAAUGGGAUUGCUUACUUGAAGAAGAACCAUUAGUUUUGACUAGUGCCUUGUAUACAUUUCUUCGAUUAUUAGCGGAUCAUUGUAGGUUAUCAAGUAAUGGAGAGGUAGAGAUGUUGAAGCAGUUGGAGAUUCAGUUUUGUGUUAAGAUGUUGAGGGAACAAUUUUCUUUGUGUAUGAGGAUUGGCAGGGAUCUUAUUAGAUUGCUACUAGAUUUGGUUCACUUACCUGAGUUCCGAGUCAUCUGGAGGGAUUUAGCAUUGAACCCAGGGGAGUUUACAACUCCACAAUUUUCGGAUAUUUCUGAAUUGUACCGCUUAAGGACUUCAAGUCGGUACUCCUUGCUUCGGAUCACACCGGAAAUGGAAACUCAAUUGCGGUUCUUGCUCACACAUGUUAAAUUGGGGAGUCAGAGGCGUUAUCAGGAGUGGUUUGCUAAGAAAUUUCUAUUUGCACCUGAGAGAGAGACUCUGAUAGUAGACAUUGUGCGGUUCAUUUGCUGUGCGCACCACCCAUCUAAUGACAUCAUACAGUCUGAUGUCCUUCCGAGAUGGGCUGCUAUGGGUUGGCUGCUAAAAUCCUGUACAAAAUCUUAUGUUGAAGCCAAUGUGAAGUUGGCUAUGUUUUAUGAUUGGCUUUUUUUCAAUGAGAGAGCUGACAAUAUUAUGAAUAUAGAGCCUGCAAUGCUGUUGAUGGUGUAUUCAAUACCGAAGUAUAUUGAUGUGACCCACUCUCUUCUUGAAUUUUUGUUCCUUCUUGUGGAUAACUUUGACAUGAAUCACAAUGAUCUAAUGAGAACUGGUGUGCUAUCGGCUUUCACUGUGCUAGUCCAGAAAGGAGUGGUUCGCUCACUGGAUGUUUUAACCUCAUGCGAUUCACUUUCUCCCAUUCUGAAAGAGAGGCUUAGGAGGUUAUUUUCAGCUUCAGAAGCAAUUGUCCAUAAGGAUUUGCAACCUGCUCAUCUUCCUCAUCAAUCUAUACCAUCCUUGGUUGGCCCAGAAACUCCAACAAUGAUUACAGCUGGUGUGUCUUCCUUGUCUUUUCCAUACAAAAGGAAGUCGUCACUUGCUAAUAUGCAGGAAGUUUGAAUCAACUUCGGGGACAUGCUUCAUUUGACCCUUAUGUGAAGGAAGUUUGAUGCAAAUCCGAGAUACGCUUGCCAUAUGAUCCUUACUUAAAGUGUGUCGCAAAUGAACUGGUGAAAGGACACCGUGAAGAUGUCAAAGAGAGAGAGAUACAAGUCUACAACUGUAAACUGAAAACAAAACAGCACAGAGCCCGAAUGUCUCGAAGAUUGGCAGGAAAACCCAGUUGUAUAUGAAAUAAUUCAAACCAUUUUCAUUGUUUUGAAGAUUCUGCUAUUCCUUUCUGACCAAACUAGCCAAAAAGUUGUUGGUGGAAGACUCUGAUUAACCUUCCUUCUGGUUAUAUCUUUGCAAAGUGAGUCCUAGACGUUUCAACCCAGAAGUCAGAAGGCGAAGCUACUACCCCCGUCAUGAUGAAAAUAAAUUCCAAAUGCUAGCCAAAAUAUGCCGGGUCCUACUACCAUGAAGAAAUAUGUCAGUUUCUUCUUCAGCUUUGCAUAGUGCAGACCUAAUUGUUAGAUACAGACCCCUUCUUUGUAAAUUGUCAAUGGUGAUAAUUUAAUUCCAAACGGCUGCCCACAUGAACAAAGAGUUCCAGGGACUAGGCAGGAAUCUUUGCCUCUCUUCUCUGCUUCUGGGGGAAGAAUUUUUCCACUCCAUUCUGCUCAAGUCUUUGUAGCUCACCGUGAUUUGAUGUUCUGUUUAUAAACCAGAUUCCAGAAUUCAAGCUAGGACUCUACUUACCAAUCAUGAGCAUCUGUAAGUUACAUUGACAUUGCUUUUUUUUUUGUAUGGGAUUCACUUUAUAAUUUUGAAAGGGGAAAUGAUUAUUUUCAGGAACUUUUUGGUGUUAA